CGAGUCACCUCCCUUGUUUUCUCUUUCGUCAUCUUCUUCUUCUUCCUUGCUCUUAUAUGCUUGGUAUUCCCCUCUGGGUCUCUCUCAUUCUCUUCAUACUCUCUGUUCUCCCUGGUAUAUUUUUUCUCAAUCUUGUGUUUUCGCUUUCUGGUUUUCAUUUCUGAGAGAGAUGGGUCGUGAUCAGAGGGAGGGGGUGAGGAUUGCUCAGACCAGAAAAGCUGUGGAUGUCCAUGGCGGGAAUCAAGGCGGUCAUGAAAGUGACCUAUUCAAUGAACUGUGGCAUGCAUGUGCUGGUCCUCUUGUUUACGUUCCCCGGGAUGGAGAGAAGGUUUUCUAUUUCCCUCAAGGUCAUAUUGAACAGAUUGAGGCAUACACAAAUCAAAGUGGUGAAGUGGAAAUGCCCAUCUACAAUUUGCCCCCAAAGAUUCUCUGCAAGGUUGUGUAUGUUCGCUUAGAGGCUGAAAUCACCACAGAUGAGGUGUUUGCACAUAUUACUUUGCUUCCACUGAGAGAGCAAGAUGGGUCAAUUUUGGAGAAUGGAUGUUCCCUACCUGUGCCUCGUACAUCUCACUCAAGUUUCUUUAUCAAGAAACUUACUCCAUCUGAUACGAGCACCCAUGGCGGAUUCUCAGUCCCAAAACGUCAUGCUGAAGACUGCCUUCCACCUCUGGACUUGGCUCAGCAACCCCCAGUUCAGGACUUGGUUGCCACAGAUUUGCAUGGGGAUCAGUGGCACUUUCGCCAUAUAUUUCGUGGUCAGCCGAAACGCCAUUUGCUCACAAGUGGCUGGAGUACAUUUGUUUCUUCAAAGAAGCUUGUUGCUGGGGAUGCAUGCAUCUUUCUCAGGGGACAAAAUGGAGAACUUCGUGUUGGAGUUCGUUGUGGAGCAAAACUACACAAUAAUGCAGCAGCAACCGUUCUAUCUGCCCACAGCAUGCAGCACGGAAUACUUGCAAGUGCAUACCAUGCAGUUUGCACUGGAAGUAUGUUUAGUGUCUACUACCAUCCUUGGACAAGCCCUGCCGAAUUCAUCAUUCCCUAUGAUAAAUACAUGAGGACAACUGAAAUUGAAUAUUCUCUUGGAGCGAGAUUCAAAAUGAUAUUUGAAGCUGAAGAAGGUGGAGAGCAGAGACUUGCAGGCACUGUAGUUGGUAAUGAAGAUAUUGAUCAUAUUAGGUGGCCUAACUCGGAUUGGAGAUGCCUUAAAGUGAAGUGGGAUAUCAAAUCAGAUAGACUACCCUGCCCAGAGAGACUUUCUCCUUGGAGCAUAGAGCUUAUGGAAUGCAACAGGAAGAAGAAAACUUCUGUUCAACACCUGCAAAAGAGGGCUCGUGUUCAUAGUUUAUCAAUUCCAGGAGUUUCCAGCAUGGUCCAAGAUGGCUUGUUUCGAAAUGCAGUUAAGCAUUUUCCUCAUUUAGGGGUCUUGCAAGGUCAAGAAAGUAAGGGCAAGGGCAUCAUCAUUGAAACAGAUGCUCCAGGAAUGCGACCCAGAAAGAAUCCUGGUUGGAAACCAACACAACCAGAACUCGAGGAUCAUCUGGCCUUUGCAAUGGAUGAUCCAUUUGAUAAAUGUCACAUUAGCUCAAUUCUAUUCUCUGGUGGAAAUAUUGGAAGUUCAAUUCCAAAGGGUUGCCCUUCAGCCCAUGCUGUGCAGAACAAAGCUAAAGGUAAACAAAUCUUAUCAGUUCCAAAUGUCAACUUCUCCAAUUCUGAAUCUUCAGACCGGAGGGCUUUGGAACUGAGGGACCAAAAUGAUGCUCCCCCAAUGCAACAAAGUUGCCUGGGUGGAUACAAACUUUUUGGAGUCAAUUUGUUCAAUAGUCCACCAGAGCUCCCUUCACCCCAAGUUGCCAAUUCCAGUGAUUUUGAAUGUUUUUCUUAUGUUCCACCAACAUCCCAGUCAAGUAUUUCUGGAACUAAAAGGGUCACAGACCCAUCAAACAGCCUAUCUGGCAGCCUCUCAAAAAAGAAAUGCAACACUUUCUGCUCCGUCACUAAUCGGAGUUGCACCAAGGUCCUCAAGUAUGGAACUGCCCUUGGAAGAUCAAUUGACCUCACAAAAUUUAAUGGGUAUGAAGAACUUGUUUGCACGCUUGACCAGAUGUUUGACUUCAAAGGAAGCUUGAUGGAUGGGACUAGUGGUUGGCAUGUAGCCUACACAGAUGAUGAAGGAGACAUGAUGCUGAUGGGUGAUUAUCCAUGGCAGGGAUUCCAGGGCAUGGUGAGGAAGAUGUUCAUCUGUCCUAAGGAAGAUCCAGAAAACUGAAUCCCAAGCUCAGUGAGAACUUCCUCUGCAAUCUGACUGUGUUAAGGUUGUAUUGCUGAGAGAUGUUGGUUGAAGCUAUGGCAGUUGAAGUUGCUUUAAAUAAAGCUUUUGUGUUGUUUUCAGUAAUCUUGCUGUUUAUAUCUAUCCCUUUUACUGGGAGUUCAAACAA